AUGGUAAGGUUAAAGUCAUCAGAAGCCGCAUCAACAUCAGCCUCUUCUAUAUGUGGGAACUUGGCUAACCUCAGGGAGUUGCCUAAUCUGAUUCAGAUGUCUUCAGUCAAACAAGCCCUUUUACAGGGACAAGGUGAAACUUGGGUAAAUGAGUUGCUUGAGGAAUCUCUCAGGCUUGUGGAUCUAUGUGGAUUUUCAAGAGAUGUGGUGUGUUCAACCAAGGAAUCCAUUCAAGAUCUUGAAUCCUCCAUUAGGAGAAAUAGAGGUGAAAACGCCACACGAGACAACAUCAAUGCUUAUGUGGCCUCAAGAAAGAAGAUCAACAAGAUGAUCAAUAAGUGCAUCAAGAAUUUGAAGAGCUCAAACCAGAGUUCUACACCACUCCCAGCCAUCGGGACGAUGCUCAAAGAAAUAGAGGCCCUCGAUUUCUCAGUCCUAAAGUCUGUAUUGAUGCUCUUGUCUGCGGAGACAAAGCAAAGAAGCUGGUCGUUGUUUUCCAAGUUCCCUCGGACCAAACGAGUACAUUCCGAAGUAGAGCAGGAAACUGCUGCUGAGAACUUGUGCUCCUUGAACAUCCACAUGUCUAGAAAAGGGAUGGACAAUAUUACUUUGAAGCAGUUGAAAUCAGCAGAAAUGAGCAUCCAGGAACUUGAAGAGGGAUUGGAAGCCUUAUUUAGGAGUUUAGUGAAAACUAGAGUUUCUCUUCUUAAUGUUCUCAGCCAUUAG